GAGAGAGAGAGAGAAUACAAGCAAAUUUAUUUUCCCCUUUACUCUUCAAAGUUAUAUCCUGCAGACCAAUUUUGGCUUUUAAUUAAAUCAAAUGUUAGACGCUCUCAAUUCAGUGAUAAAGAAGAUAUACAUUCCAGAAUCACUAAAUCAUACGAUAAUAUUCCUCAUAACACUAUUAAAACCUUUGUACAGUAUUCUAAUAAUGUUUUCGUCUAGUGUUUGAUGAAUAAAGAGUUUUUCCUUUUUUUUUCUUUUUUUUUAUAGUAGCUGUGAUUGAGAGAAUUUAACUACC